CCCGCGGCGGAAGCCGGAAGUGAGGGCCCGGACCCGCCAUGGCGACGGGGGCGACGCGGCAGGAGGUCUCCUCGGACAGCUCCGAGGAAGAGCGGCCGCUCACCGAGGCCGAGGAACUGGCCGCCCAGAAGCGAGAAACCAGGCUGAGGAAGUUCAGAGAGCUGCAUAUGAAGAGGAAUGAAGCCCGCAGACUAAAUCACCAGGAAGUCGUGGAGGAAGAUAAAAGACUCAAGUUACCGGCAAACUGGGAGGCUAAGAAAGCCCGACUGGAAUGGGAAUUGCAAGUAGAAGAAAAGAAGAAGGAAUGUGCAGCUAAAGGAGAGGAUUACGAGCGGGUGAAGCUGUUGGAAAUCAGCGCGGAAGAUGCAGAAAGAUGGGAGAGGAAAAAGAAACGAAAGAACCCGGACCUAGGCUUUUCAGAUUACGCGUCUGCCCAGUUACGCCAGUACCACAGGCUGACCAAGCAGAUCAAACCGGACAUGGAAGCCUACGAGAAACUGAGGGAAGAACACGGCGCAGAUUUCUAUCCGACGUCCGACAGUCUCCUUCACGGAACCCACGUGCCGUCCCAGGAGGGAAUUGAUAGGAUGGUUUCAGACCUGGAAAAACAAAUCGAAAAGCGGGAGAAGUACAGCCGGAGGCGUCCGUACAAUGACGAUUCCGAUAUCGAUUACAUUAACGAAAGAAAUGCCAAAUUCAAUAAGAAGGCGGAAAGGUUCUACGGGAAGUAUACAGCUGAAAUCAAACAGAAUCUGGAAAGAGGAACAGCUGUGUAGAGCCCGCCGGGAAGCGGCAACGGCACGGAGGGAGUUUGGCGGGAGCAGAACGGAGAAGACGGAAUCACCUUUCCCUGGUCAGAAGAGCCAAAUUACGUACCGCUGGUCAGAAUACUUUAUAUGUCCCCAGGCACAGGUGCAUCUGUUUUGGAAGAAAUAAAACUUCAUGUUAAUAGAACUUAGCAGUGACAGGGGAAUAUGUACAUAGUCCUAGAUUUUAGUGUGCGCUUAAAAUAAUUAUCCCAAUAAAAAAACGGGUUUGAA